UCCGUUUUUCGCUCGUCAUUUUCCCGGCCGCUCGGGACGUCGCCGCUCGGGGAUUCGAUCCCGAGACCUCUCGAGAAAAAAACCAGUUGCGCGAUUCGGACCCGACGAUGCGGGUCUUCGUCGAGUGAUCGGUUCCCACGGGAAUUUUGCGGCCGGCCUUUCGGUCCUGGAAUGAUUCGCUGGCGGCGCCUUUUCGACCGCGUUGGAACUGCACGGAGCCCGGCUUGAAAAUGGAUAAAAUAAACCGAUUGAACGAGUAUUUGUACAACUAUUCAGAUCCGCGGACGAAAGACUGGCCCCUCGUGACGGAUGUGGCGCCCAUUUCACUGAUCUCAAUCGGGUACAUCCUAUUUGUUUACGCAUUGGGACCGGCCUUGAUGAAAUCACGACCUGCUUUCGAACUCAAAAACAUACUAGCUUAUUAUAACAUAGCGCAAAUUUUGUCGUGUGCCGUUGUAGUUUAUUGGUUGCUGGUUGCGGGUUGGACGACCAAGUUCCAUUUAGGAUGUAUGCCGAUAGAUUUGGCGGUCACCCAAGAAAAUAUCCAGUUAGCGGGAAUAUUCUGGUGGCUGAUCAUCCUUAAGAUAGCAGAGCUCGCAGAAACAGUAUUUUUCAUUCUGAGGAAAAAAGAGAAUCAAGUCUCGGGCUUACACGUCUACCAUCAUGUAUCAACCCUCAUUUUGGCGUGGAUUGGCUGUAAAUUCUAUCCCGGUCCCAUGGCUACUUUCCCAAUUCUCUUAAACUCUAUUGUACACAUUGUCAUGUACGGUUAUUACUACCUGACGUCUUUGGGAGGUGAAGUAUCUCAGAAGAUCAACAAAUUCAAAAAGUACAUCACUAUUAUGCAAAUGGUACAAUUCACGAUGAUCCUGAUGUACGCAUCGCAGGCUUUGAUGCCGACCUGCGAGGUGCCCAAAGGACUGGCCUUGAUAUUCAUCCCGGAUGUGAUCGUCGUUUUCUACCUUUUCUACGAUUUCUACAAGAAGUCGUACACGGAGCCGCAAAAGCCCAAGACGAAGCUCAAGAAGAAGAAAACAUGAGAGCGAUCCAGACAGUUUCCGCUCGGGAAUCCAAAAAUCUAUCCUAGAUACUCAUCACGGGUGAAGAUGCCCGUUGAAAAGUUUGAGGCUGAGCGAAUUGGAAAAUGGCUGGGCAGGGGUGCAGAGAUUUUUCGACCGCGGGGCGGGUGGAGCUCGCACGCAAUUGGGAAGGUCACGAGAGAAGGUUUCGAGAAUAUAAAGGCCGGCUUGCUUUAGGGUGAAAAUUGCGCCAAAGCUGAUGAUUUAAAUUUAAAACAUAAAAUAAAAUUUAAAACAAAAAAAAACGGGGAAAAAAACGCAAAAGUAAUGAGAAAAAGUUCAAACCUGAAAAAAUUGGGAGAUAAUGGGCUUUACAAAUGGGUUGGGUAAUUGAGAAGAAUAAUUUGUAUUAAACUAUCCGGAAUAUCAAAGUAUAAUGCCACAAAAUAAAUAGUGCAAAAGUAAGAGGGAAGAUUGAAUUAAAAAAAAAAAAAAAUUAGGGCCCUUCAAAAUUGGUUAGGUAAUUGAAAAAGCGAUGUUUUCGUUAUUUUUUCCGUAAAAUUUUGAUAUGAUAGAAAAAAAAUUAAAAUUAAAUGAAAUAGAGUGAAAAGGGUAAAAAUAAAAGGGGAAGGUUAAAUCUGGAGAGAAAAAAAUUGAAAAAAAUUCGAAGAAAAAUUGCAGGGGGGGAGGUUAAAAAAAAAAAAAAUAAAAAUGAAAAAAAGGGGCUUUCAAAAUUGGUUAAGUAAUUGAAAAAUGUGGUUCUCCUCAUAUUUUCCGAAACAUCUUUAUACGCUAAAAAAAAAUAAAAAGAAAUAAAAUGAAAUAAAGUGAAGAGGGUAAACAUAAAGGGUGAGAGAUUAAAUUUGGAGAAAAAGAAUUAGAAUAUUAGGGAUUUUUAAUGGGAGGGGAAUUGAUAAGUAAGUGGGAAGGCAAGGAACUUUCUGCACCUCUGCGGGCUGAGAUUGAAACUUCAGUCAUUUCUUUCGUUUUAUUCCUUUCUUGAUUUAUUUGUAGUUUUUAAUUAUUUUGUACUUCCUGGGAGCGAACUUUAUUCAUCAAUCGAACGCGGCUGUUUCUACCUACACUGAAAAAUUUCUUGAGAUAUUAUUUUGACUCAAAGGGUCGUUUCUUGUCGACAAAAUUUGGUUUUUAAAAGUUAAAUCUGUGUGGAUUCAACUCAAAAUCAGUUUUUUGGAGUUAAAAAAGCGUCGUCUUGUUAUUGUAAAGCUUUCAGCUCUGGUUAAAAAACAAUGACAGGACAACGUUUGUGUAAUUAAUAAAAAAAAACCGACUUUAGGUUAAAUCCGCGAAAAUUUUGGUCAAAAAACCCAAAUUCUGUCGACACGAAACGACGCUUUAGGUCAAAAUAAUAUCUCAAGAAAUUGUUUAUUCAGUGAAUCAGCGUUACAUGUUCGAUGGGUCCAUUGCGUUUGAUGUGACUGGCAAGUUUUUUUUUGUAUUUGUUGCGUCUGAAAUGCGGUUUUUUUUUUUGUGUGCGUGUACGCGCAGAUUAUCCGACAUUCGGGAACAUAGGUAGAGGGUAAAAUCGGUGCAUCCGACAAAAAAUAUGAGUCCAUCGGGUGAAUAAACUUCGCUUUUAGGAAAACUGCUGAUGGACCUGUUUCACGAUUUUCUCGAUCAGUUUUGACAUCUAUCAGUAGAAUACUUGAAGCAACCAGUAGAAAUAUGUUUACUACUGAAUGCGGAGCCAACCUAGAGGAAAGUGAAAUAUGCAACGUUUAUUACUUGGUAUAUCGAAGAUUUAUACAUUUCGGUUAAUAUUGGACGUGAAAGCAGCGUUAUGGGCCAACCUAACGGGGUGACAGAUUUUCUUUUGAGACUGCAAAAUUUUCGGACUUUUCAAUUUUUUGUUUGCUUUUUGUUUCCCCCAUGAUUUCGCAUAGAAAUUAUUAUUACGAAAAAUUGUAGGCGCGAACCUUUUGAUAUUGAAAAAUUUCAAUAAUCUGACUGAAAGAAACUAAUUCGAAGUUCGAUACACAUAAAAAAUGCCCUGACUUAUAGGUUUUUACGGACUUUCCAGGAACUUGUCGCUCUGUAUUGGAUAUUUUACUAAUCUACAGAUUUCGGGGGGAGGGGGAGGGGAGUGUCAAUUACCAAGUUUUCCGAAAAGUUACAUUUCCAUUAAAUUAGACGGAAAAAAUUAACAUUUAAACAGAUCUUAUUGUAUUUUACGGAUUUACAGAUUUCCAAUAUCCAAAUAAAAUUUUAAAGCUAAAAAAUUAGUUUUCAUUAGGGAUUGUUCAAGCAUUACAUUACGGGAUUUGCAAUUUGGGAAGGGGGAAGGGGGGGGGGAUCAUGUCAAGUUACUGAGAUUUUCGCAGUCACAAUUUGGUUAUACUAUUUAGACAUACAGGACUAGUGUUCGGACCGAUUUUAUUAUAUUUUCCUGAUCUUAAAAUUUUGAGAAGUGCCGAGGCUAAACAUUUCGUCUCAAUAAGGGACGUGCGUUCUAGUAUCCCGUUACAAAUUUUGCAUGGGAGAGGGGUUAAGAGGGGGAGGGGGGGGGUUCGACAGGGACCGGGACCCUUCACUAUCUCCGCGGUGACAGGCAUUAGAACCUCUACCACCGAUACCCUAAGAUUCAACUCUUAGAAUUAUAGGUACCUUCUUGUUGGCAGUUGAGCGACGAGCUGAGUUGAGCAAUUUGUUUGACGAAUAGGCCGCGGUUUGAUGAACUUCCACCUCGCAUACUUAGCAGUGGCGAUAUUGCAAGUUGGCAACGCCGUUUUUUCUUCAUUCGAAUUUAUUAAAAAUAUCGAUUUUAGGUGAGGCAACGCACCAAGGAUAUAGUGUUUGAACUACAUUUGAAUGGAGGGAACACAGUGUUCCCAACUUUAGAGAAUCGCUACUGAUACUUAGUAAUCUACUGAUUUAGAAUAAUGAAGCGUUGGCUAACUCUGGAUAAGUAAGCCAAAGAUCGAAUUUCAAACAUGAAAAAAUAAAAAAAAAUAAUAAAAGAAAUGAAAAAUUACAGAAAAAAUGGCAAAAAUUAAAAAUAAAAUGAAAACUAAAACUCGGAAAACAAUUAGAUUAGAUUGGUUGAUGAUUAUCUUAAAAUAUAAAGUUGUGAGUAGACAUAAGCCAGAUUUGCAAAAAACAAAUAAAAAAACAAAUAAAAUAAAAUAAAUGUAGAUAAAGUUCGAUUAAAUAUUACUUCUCAUUUACUUAAAUCCUUAAAUCGGUGUGGAACAUUUAAGUUAGGAUAGGUUAGUUUGAUAAUAUUAGUCAUAGCAUAAUAAGAAACAAAACUUGCAGGAAAAGUUGUAUACUAGUUAGGGUAACAUAUAAGCAUUCAUUUACGUUCGAUCUUUUGAAAUAAAUAGAAAACAUAUAAUUUAGGUUUUCGAUAAUUUAGGCGAUUUUUCGUGGUUAAAAAUGUAAGUUAGACUAGACUUACUGAAAUUAUAGCUUAGGUACGGUAAUAUAUGAUAUCUCAUUUACGUUUGAAUUUUUAAACUAUACUUAGAACACUUAGGUCAGAUUACGUUAUUUGGCGCGUAGGAGCUAAAGACAUAGGCAAAGGCCAUCAUAUUUCUUUUUAUUUGGUGGUGGAUCAAAUGAACUGGAUAAAGUUAGGUUACUUAGUCUUAAUAGGUUUCAAAAUAAGCUACGAUUACAUAAUAACUAAAAUCAAACAUGUUUGUUAUUCUUAACCAGAGGCCUCGCCAGAUAAAUUGACGCUCUUUCAUGAGGUAGAGAAUCCGUCACCUUGAAUCUUGUAAAUACAUUCUUUCAAUGCUAAUUGUAAGCUCAACACAACUGAUAGUUUAUUGCACUAUGAGAGUGCUUAAACUAAUUCGGUGAGGAUUCUACCAUACAUUUCGCUUAAAAGAUGUCGGUCUCGUGCUCAAUUUAACCCGUAGCUGACCACCAACAAGGGUGCUACUACCUGCAAGAAAAUGUUAAAUCCCCGAAAACAAAAUACUCCACCAUCCUCUGGAGACUAGUGAAAGGGUCUUUAAAAAAUAUUCGUCCCUAUGAUCGUAAAACACUGAAGCGAGAGGGGGAUUUUAUUAUAUUCAAACUUUUUAUUCAUCAAGAGAAUACUUCUAGCCACAAGUACAAACAUGAGUAUGAAGAAAUGUAGAUUAAUUCGCCUGUUAUCAAACAGACAGCGAGGCUGCCAUCAAGACUACAAUAAAAAUACUUAGGCAGAUUAAAUAGAGAUUUAAAAAAAAAUAAAGACAAGUUGACAAAAAUGUAACAAGACAGAAAAAACUGAUCAGGUGAAAAAUUAAAAAUGAGGGGGAUUUGAGUAUCAUUUAAGAUGUGAUAUGAGAUAUCGGAAGGUGGGGGGGGGGGUUGGAUUAUUUGCUAGAAAGGGGGGUUUGGAAUAAUCGGAUCUUUGCAGUCAAAUGGCUACAAUUUUCUAGGGACGAAAGGGGGGGGGGGCAUUCUCAAGGCGGGCAGGAACAACCCAGAAAACUAAUUUUCAGACGAUCACAAAUUAAGAGUAAAUUGAGAAACACGGUUCAAUUUUUCCUUGGCAGGUAUUCUAAGAAAUAAGAAAUACCAAAAUGUGAAAAAAAUGUCUUACGGUCAUCCAAAUAUAUUGGUUGUUAUGAACAUGCACCAGACUUUUUGAACGAUUUUUUCCGCCCUUCGAAAUCUGCUAGAAAAAACUGACACACGGACUCCGGGGCACUUUUAAGUAUACUCUAAAAUGUGACCAAAAUUAAAAAUUUAUCCUGGACCAUUUAACAAUUAUCUAAAAAAAAA